GCUAAGUUAAGCUAACCAACCUUUGUGUGUGAUAAUUCAAAACUCAUAUAAGUGAAUAUACAAAAUGAAGUGCUUCGCAACGAUAGCUCUACUCGCCUGUGUUUCGCUCGCCCGUGCCGAACCACCAGUGCCACAAAACCAAUACUUGCCUCCCAAUCAAGGUGGCCAACCCUCGAACCAAUACCUGCCACCCACCCAAUCGUACCAGUCACCCUCCAACAACUAUCUGCCUCCCCAACGCGGCGGUGGUGCUGGCGUUGCGCCACCCAGCAGCAGCUAUGGUGCACCCGCUGCCGGUGCGCCCAGCUCUCAGUACGGCGCUCCAGCGUUGACCGGUGCUAUCUUCCCCAAACAACAAGGCGGUAGCGGUGGCGGCUAUGGCAGCGGCAGCGGCAAUGGCGGUUAUGGCGGCGAAGAACAAUACGGACCAGCUAAAUACGAAUUCAAAUACGACGUGCAAGACUACGAAUCCGGCAACGACUUCGGACACAUGGAACAGCGUGAUGGUGAUCUGGCUGUUGGCCGUUACUACGUGCUUUUGCCCGAUGGUCGCAAACAGAUCGUCGAUUACGAGGCUGAUGGUCAUGGCUACCGUCCAACCAUCCGUUACGAACAAGUCAAUAACGGUUUCAAUGGUAAUGGUGCCGCCGGUGGACGUGGCGGUCAGGGUGGCCAAUUUGCUGGCUACCAAUAAAGUGUCGAACGCCAUGGACGUGUGUCGUUUAAUGGGUGAAAGACAUUUUUGCAAGAAGGUGAAGUGAAGUUAGGGAACGUGUGUGAAAAGAGAAAGAGAGGGAGAGAGUGAAAAGGGUGAGGAUA